GCCGCGUCUCAUUUAUAUGCAAAUCAGACUUCUCAUUGUAGCAUUCUGUUAUCUCCACUGAUAGCCUACUCACAACACAGAUAAAAGGUCCAUAUAAAUGAGUGAAAAGGAUACCGUCUGUACAGCUCGGCACAUAAGUUGAACGCAUAACGGACACUUGCAGACCAUAUCCAAAGAUGUCAAACACUCAGCAAGAAUCGGUACCAAGUAGAGUGAUCGAAGAGGAGACAGAGAUUACUAAAGAAUCCAAGAGAUUGGAGAUUUGUGGUGUCAAAUCAGCAGAGAGCGGUGACUUGAAUUCAGCAUUAGAUUAUUUCAGUCAAGCUAUCGAAGUCGCACCCCUUAGAGCAUCAGGAUACAACAACAGAGCUCAGGGAUUGCGACUGAAAGGUGACGUACAAGGGGCCAUAUUGGACCUGGAUAAGGCAGUUGAGCUGAGUGGUGGAAAAGGAAAAGUAGCAUGCCAGGCAUAUACACAAAGGGCAUUGAUCAGGCGUCUUGAAGGUCAAAAUGAACUUGCUUUAGAGGACUUUAAAAGUGCUUCCAGUUUAGGCAGUGAGUUUGCAAGAUCUCAAGUCAUUCAACUGAAUCCAUAUGCAGCAAUGUGUAACAAGAUGCUCUCCGAAGUCGUCACAAAACUCAGAAACGGGGAAUAUCUAGACAGUUAGAGAUUUCUGAGAUUAACUGUGGACCUUAAUUUGUUAUUAUAUAACAUUGUGUAUGUGCUAUAAUUGGGUGGGGGUGGGGGUGGGGGUACUGUAUAGGGCUUUAUUUUUAUUAGCUGAGUUAUAUACAUUGUAAUAAAGUGUUGUUUUAUUCAGAAACCUGUGAAUUUAAAAGUGAAUUUAAACCCAGGGAUUAUUGCUUCUUGUGCAUGUUCAAAAAGAAGAAACCUGUGAAUUUAAAAGUGAAUAUAUCUGCAACCCAGGGAUUAUUGCUUCUUGUGCGAAAAGAAGAAAUAUUGGUGCAAAUUAAAUCUCUCAACUGUCUGAGUGCCAAAGCCUAAUUCAGGCAUCCACAAAAUAGUUCCAUUGAUAUAACAACAAAUGUUGACAAAAAUCUAACGUUUUUGAUCAAAACUAAAAGCAAUGUCUGUUUGGUCCAAAAUUAAGACUACAUUCAGUGACAAUAAACUUUCUGGUCAAUCAGUUUUCCAAAUCAUGAAAAUUAAUUUUUUUUUUCUAAAACCUCAAAUUGCUCUGAUGCACCAGAAUGCACCAGAUGUUGACCAGAAACAAAAACAUUCUUUUAUUUGGGCCUAAGACAGUUCUAGACAUAGAAUGUACCACAGAAGCCAUAUUCAUCUUUUGGGGCUACACACAUGACAGGGCUGUGUGGUCAUCUCUCUAUCAAAUGGCAUUUUAAUGUGCUAUCCUGGCGUAAACCAGGCUCGAACACAAGCACCUACGGACCUUAACCAAGAUUCCCCCCCAAAGUCACAUUCAUUAGUGAAUGAAUCUCGGCCAGUGGAAUUGGUCUUCUCAUUUACUGAUAAAAAAAAAAAUAAUACAUGACUAUUGUAGAAUUAUUUCAAAAAUUUGUUUUUUACAAAUUUUUAUAUUUGGCACAUACAUCAUGCAUAUUGGAAUACAUCUCCAUGUCAGUUUGUUUCAUAAAACAAUCAAAGAUGGCCAACUGGCAGCCGUCUUGAUUUAAAAGUGUGGUAUCUUGGACAUGUUUUGUCGGUUUUCGUUCAAACUUGGUACAUGCAUAUUACAUGUUGGCAUUUCAAAAUCUGAAUCAAAAUGCCUGACUGGCAGCCAUUUAGUUUUAAUAGAUAGUAUUUUAUAAAAGCAGUUACAACUACCAUUGCAACUUUCAACCACUAAUCCAUAAUCGGAUGAUACAAUAUUUGACAACCAUAGUUACUAAAAAAAAACAAAAACAUGACACUAGUUUAAAAAAUAAAAUACUAUGUCCAAGUUAAAACUAGGUCAACAGGUAAGGGUUGCAUACUUACAAAAGGAUAUGCACUUCAGGCAGGAAAAUUUACCAUCUCUAGUCACCAUACCAUCUCUCAUUUCAGUUCAUUUCAAACAAUUCGUAAUGGUUUUUGAUGCUGUUUUUCUUAGCUCCACUGUCAACCUUGUCGAGCGGAGCCAAUCAUAUGAGUGAUUAUCCGUCGUUGUCUGUGUCAGCUUUUUACUUUUCGGAUUUCUUCUUGAAAACUACAAUUCUUACUGCUUUGAUAUUUGGUGUAUAUGUACCGGUACCUUGGGCAGAUUUAUCUUAAUUUUUUUCAUUUCGUAAUGAUAUCUCUAAUUUUGAUAAAUAUUUUUGGUAAAAAGUGAUAUUUUCAACUUCUUGUUAAAAACAGCAAGUCAACAUAUGUACCGGUACUUGUUUUACCUUUACAAAAUUAACCCAGAUAGAAUGUGUAAAAUGAUUUUUGAAUAGGAUCUAUGACAUCUACAUCAUAGCACGUUAGCAUGUUAGCUCUUUAGUUUACGAAACAUGCAGUGCAAGCCAACAAUUUUAGAUAUCUGAUUAAAUUAAGAAAAUUGCAAGUGCUGUCAUUUUGUCACAGAAAGCACAUUCCAUAAUAAUUCUUUAGAGUUGUAAAACUAUAAAAACUUUAAAAUUCUUGGAAAAAUUUGCAUGCCUAAAUCUUAGGGGAAAAAUAUUUCACAAAUUGGAAAAAAAAAACAAUUGCAACAAAUUCAUCAUGGGAAAAAUAGCACAAAACUCAAUGAAGGAACAAAAUAUUUUGCACAGUAUUUUUCUGCCAUCAACCCCAGAGUUUCUAUGGUCCAUCAGAAAUGCAUAUUAAUGUGGUUGGAUAUAUAAAGUAUUUCAGUUUUUGAAUAUUUUGUUUCAAUAUGGGGACUAUGACAUUCAUAAAAUUAAAUUGGCUGGUUGGCUUGUAAGAAUACAUGAGCAUCAUGAUUCGUUAUAUGGCCGAGUCUAAGAAGGUCUACCACCGGUAACCAUCCUUUUCGAUCAUAUCUCUGAUAUCCAUGUAUAGUCUCAUAUUUUUGUCACAUAAUAUUUGUAUUUGUAUAAUAUAUUCCGAAGAUUACAUUAUAAGUUCAGAGUAAACUUUAAAUGUUCAGAAGUAAACUUUAACUGACACUGCAAGUUGUAUAUUCCUGAACAUACUUUGUACAGAUUCAUGUCUGACUUGUGCUUCAUUCUCAUUAAAUUAUAAAUGAAAACAUUGUUAGAAAGAUGGCCAUUGGGUAACACUAUAACAAAUAAGCUGGUAAACACUUACGAUACUGGA